GACAGUCAUGAACAGUCACUUUCUUUUUAUCUUACGUGUUAUUAUCAGUCAACAGCCAGUUUCCUGUUGCAUCUUUGUAACAUCCCUUUUUUUGUCUGAAUGUGAAAUUGCAUUGAGUAGGCAGUACCAAGUUCAUAGUCGUUUGACAGCCGUUCAGCUUCAGAAUCUCUCUCUCGGAAGGACACAUCAGUGGGUGAGCAGCCAUGGUGCUGCCUCACCUCCUUCCCCCCUUCCUCCUCUUCCUCCUCUUCCUCCUCACCCUCCAAACUUCCACCCAUGGAGUUGCCCUCUCCCACAGCCCCCUGCCUGCUGUGGCUGCAGCAGGUCCGAUCCUGCAGGACCGGCCCUUCGUUGUGGUGUGGAACAUGCCCACGGCACGGUGUCAGAAACGCUACAACAUCCACCUGAACCUGGGAGACUUCGAUAUUGUGGAGAACCAAAAGCAGCGCUUCCAGGGACAGAAAAUGACCAUCUUCUACCGUGACCGCUUGGGGAAAUAUCCAUACCUCUCCCGAGAUGGCGGGAAGAUGAACGGAGGGUUACCGCAGCUUGGUGACCUCUCAGCUCACCUUUCCCUGGCGCUGACGCAGAUGUCCAGCGUGCUGCAGCCAAACUUCACCGGUUUAGCCGUUAUUGACUGGGAAGAGUGGCGGCCAUUGUGGGAGAGAAACUUUGGAACCAAGAUGGAGUACCGGAGGCUGUCCAAGCUGCUGGUGAAACAGGCGAGACCGGAUUUGUCAAACGAGGCCAUGACAGCGUUGGCAAGGCAAAAGUUUGAGGAGAGCGCUCGGAAGUUCAUGGAAGAGACGCUGCGGUCGGCAGUCAGAGAUCAUCCCAGGGGACUCUGGGGGUUUUAUGGUUUUCCUGCCUGCUUUAAUAAGCAUAAGAGAAAAACAGACAAAAGCUACACAGGACGCUGCCACAGGGGGACCAAAAAGCAAAAUGACCGGCUGUCCUGGCUCUGGUGGCAGUCCACCGCGCUCUAUCCCAGUGUCUACCUGCCACAGAGGCUGGCAGGAUCCAUGGAUGCAGCUCUGAUGGUCAGACACAGGCUGCUGGAGGCUUUGAGAGUGGCAUCAGUUUGGCACAAUACCAAUCAUGCCACACCUGUCCUUCCCUACGCCAGACUAGCAUUCACACACUCUCUAACCUUUCUUAAUAAGACAGACCUGGUGCACACACUGGGGGAGAGUGUGGCGCUGGGAGCUGCUGGAGUGGUGCUGUGGGGAGAGCUGAAAUUUGCCAAAUCCAAGCAACAGUGCAUCCUUCUCAGAGACUACAUACACACCGUCUUGGGUCCCUUCGUCCAGUCGCUGAGGUCUGACACUCAACGCUGCAGCCUCCAGCUUUGCCACGGAAAUGGCCGCUGCGCCAGGCAACGCCCCAGCUCUGGCCACAUGCUCUCCUCGGUUCCGGUUAUGACCUCUGACCCCAAUGAAAUCAAUCUCCUCCCUGACCCCUCCCGUGGGAAAUCUUUCCACAACCACUUCAUGUGUCUGUGCUACCCAGGCUGGACUGGGCAGGAGUGUCAAGAGAAGAAGAAGAAAGAAAACAUACAGAACGACAAGUAACUUAAACCUUUCUAUCGAGGUGCCAUCAGUCAGCAUUAAUAGAACACCAAUGAGACUUAUAUGAGACAAUGUAGACUUAAUGAAUUGACAGCUCCUUUAAAUAAUUUAAAAAAUAAAUUAUAAUAAACGUGAAUUUAUCAGUGUUUAUUUAGCAUGUUUUUAAAAAGGGUGAAAUUACAAAAAGAUCCAUAAACCAAAAAUGUGGAUUAAAAUGGAUUUGACUGAAAUGCAAACACGUCUCUGUUUAAGUAUUAUUUUAUUUAGAUAUUCUCCAGCACUCUGUUUUCUUCAUUUCUUCAAUAGUUAAAAGUUCCCUGUGUGUUUCUAUUAUAGAGGUUAAGUAGUUAUACUUUAAAGGUCCAGUGUGUAGGAUUCAGUGGCAUCCAGUGGUGAAG